CAGAGACACCAGGGGGAGACAUUCCAUCGUGUUCACUACCCUUUGCUCGGGAGUGACGGUCUAUAGCGGUCGCUAGGAAAAAGAACGAAGAAGAAAACGUCACAGCCCUUCGCUGAAGAGGAUUUUAGAAACUCUGGUGAGAUGUCUCAGAUAAAUAGUCUUCCUGAUGGAAAUGCUUACAAGGUUCCCGGCCAGUACAUCUACGAGGGUAUUGUGAUGGGGCAGUACACGCCACGUCAUCAUCUAGACAAUGUCAAGGCCAUGGAAAUUGUUCCUGAUGACGUCAUUGUCUCUGCCUAUCCAAAAUCAGGCACAACAAUGCUCUGCGAAAUCGUCUGGCUGAUUCUCCAUGACGCUAACGUGGCAGAGGCGAACAAGUGCCAAGCACGGGAACGCAUCCCGUUCAUAGAGUACGUCUUUUCAGAUAACGAUGACGGCCUCGUGAACGCAAGAAAUACGCCAAGACCGCGCUUACUCAAAACUCAUCUACAGCGCCGUCUGCUUCCGCUUGCUGUAAAACCAAUGAACAUCAAACAAAUAUCCAUCCUACGAAAUCCAAAGGAUGUUCUGGUCUCCAAUUACUAUUUUUACAAAAGCACUGUGACGUUUGGUAGAUUUACUGGAGAUUGGGACGAGUUCUUUGAGAUGUUUAUGGCGGAUAACAUCUACUGGGGCAAUGUUUUGGAUCAUGUUUUGGAAUGGUGGGAAAGCAGACAAUUGCCGAACGUGAUGGUGCUUUUUUACGAAGACAUACUUCGGAAACCUUCGACAGAGAUCGGAAAAGUUUCGAAGUUUCUUGGGAAGGAGCUUUCCGCGAAGGAUAUUGAUAACAUUGCCUUGGCAACUAGUUUCAAAACCAUGAAAUCGAAUCCAAUGACGAAUGCGGAAAGCUGUCCGGAUGAGGUAGACUGCACUAUUUCGCCGUUUAUGAGGAAGGGGACAGUUGGUGACUGGAAGAACCAUUUCUCUGUGGACCAGAGCAGGCGAAUGGAUGAGAUAAUAAAGAGGAAAUUGGGAGGGGUGGAAAUAAACUACCAAUACGAACUGUGAUAAUGUGGAGGAUAUCUUCUUCAUUUUUUUGGACCAACACUAGGGGCAUUUUGAUAUAACCGCUCAAAACUGUCCAUUUAUUUAUUAUUUAUUAUUUAUUUCUAUUGCUGAAAGGGAAGCGCAAAGUCACCACCCGACGAUCUCACAACCCCUCAUCCCUUAGGGUGGUCUUUGUUGUUUAAUCUUAGUUUUCGCGGACGUUUAUGGACAUUUUUUUCAGGUUGAUUGACUACCGGGGGAGGUGAUAGCAUUUUAUUACUAUUCAAUAGUACCAUCCUCCCACAGCAGACCUUUGAACCGUUUCAUAACUCUUUCACUUGACCUCAUAUACACGAGCAUGUGAAGGUCAGAAUUAAGUCAUUCCCCGGCAAUGAGCGAUCAUCGGGCCUACAUGUACACACCUCAACCUAAGAUGAUGUCAGUCACACAAUUACACAGUUACACCUCUGAAAGUUAUGCUAGUUUGCGGCUUGCUGAAACAGAGGUGAUGAAAGUGGAUUUAGGCCACCUUCAUGUAGCUGCUGAUACGGAAUUAUCUAAUCAGAAUAGGUUGCUGGGUCCGCUCUGUUCAAACAGCAUUGUUUAGUCAAUGACAUUAAAAUUACAUAUAAUCAAGAGUUAAUAAAGUCUUGGCGAACUUUUGAUAUAAAUGUUUAGUUUAGUGUUGCAAAUUUUAAUGUCAACGGGUUAUUACCGAUUGAAAAAACACCCGAUUUGUAUUGAAACGUCCUGCAUACCAAAAGAAUAUGAUCAAGAGUCCCAACUUUCGGAAAAUAUAGCUUUGGUCGUUUGUACACAGUGCUCGUGCGCAAUCGGAAUGAUCUACCGAUCAGAGGAGAUAAAAAACAGAGAAGUGAUCGGUUGAUCGUUCCGAUUCGCUCACAAGCCUUUAUUAUGCUUAAAUGUAGGUCAACAGAUCUUGAGAAGGUAUAUUCAAUCUAAUUUUUCUUUUUCAAUGCCUAAGGGUUUCUAUCGAUUGAUUCUUUUCUCAAUACAAGG